UAUAUAUUAGGGAUGUCCACAUAUACAUGGAGGAAAAAAAAUUUCUUCCGAUUUUAGUGCACAUAGGCUCAUUUUGUUCGUUUUUCAAUAUUUAGUCAUGUUUCCAAAAAGAUCCCUAAUCAAUUAAUAUUUAGGGGUUGCUCAAUGGCCCCAAAGGUUUUUCAAUAUGCAUCAGCAUUGGGUUACCCGCGAGUCCGCGAUAAAAUUGUAACAACAGAAAAUAAUCUGUCCAUUUGACCAAUCUUUAUGAUAAGGUUACUGACUGUAAAGCACCAUUGCAUUUGCAUUACUUAUUUAUUUAGUGUUUUUAGAAUUUAGAUAUUCUAUGAUGAUGUCAUUGUCAAUGUAGCAAAUGAGAAUUAUUUCAGCAAACUUGUGAAUUUAUACAGAAUUUAUUUAAUACAUUGAUGUAAACUCUCAAUAAAGACUGUUGCUGAAAAUGGCUGCAAAGUCAAACGCUGUACCACUGACACGCACUCGAACUGCUGUUUGGCUGAUUGGUCAACCUGAAAAGGACCUACCGAGUAAUGUCCUUCCGACAACGGGCGAUGUUCUUCGUACAUUUUUCCAUUACCACAAAACAAUAAAACAGACAGUAUCUGCCAGUGCAAAGUCAACCUCAUCUGAUUUGGUAAAAAUUUGGAGCAAGGCACGGAUACCAAUGACCUAUCAACCACAUAUCGUGUCAAAGGUGAAGGUAUGCUUUGAUGAAUACAGUUUGAUCAAGAAGAAUAAAGGAAGAGAAAGUGAAUCACAGCUAGCUAGAGAAAAAGCAUUUAAAGACAAACUGAAUCUACUCUUUGAUAUUGCUCACAAAGAUACAGGUACAUUAAUCAAAAUCGAUGAAGACAAGCUGUUUUUGGAGGAUCAGCGGAAUGCUCGCAUGAUGAAGAUGAGUGGAGAAGAUGUAAGAUUAUCACAACAAGAAGAGCGAGCAGCACAGCGUCGACAGGCUGAAGCUGAAAGGAAACAGCGUGAGGAAGAAAGGAGAGAUGCAAGUGCCAGAAGCAGCCAUCACAAUCAUGGUCUUGAAAGCGACAGUGACGGAGCAGAAGAGGAGGAUAUUGAAGAUGAUGAUUACGAAAUAGAGAUACCAGUAUAUCACAAGAAGCAGCUAUGUGAGGUAGUGGAUGCUGGACAUGAAUGGACUACAGUUAACAAAAGACCACGCAUUUUGGAGAACAUUCUGUCGUCACCAGAUGUUUCAUCAACACUUGAUCGCAUAAAUUUAUCUGACCAGAAGUUUACAAUUUUGGCAGCAGCAAUUGCUAAAGCCAGUGGACAGGACCUACAAAGCACGCCAUUGUCAAGAUCAACAGUACGAAGAUUAUGAAGUAAUCAAAGAUUAUGAAGUAAUCAUACAAUCAGUAUGAAGAUUUUCCUGUUCAGGAAUGAAUUCAAACUGACUUCAACUGAGGUGAAAAACCUGUCUGAAUUUUGCAUUUUUGCAGCUCACAUUUAUGUACCAGCUUGGAUUGCUUGUCCAGUGGCAAGUGAUGCACCAUUGAAUGAUUUGAUGCUGUUUCAGAGAAUAAAAAGAUAUGCUGAGGUACACAAGAUUGUUUCACAAGCAGCUUUGAAGAAAUUGCAGAAUCACAUGUGGUAUCUUGGAACAGAAAUGGUUCCUCUUUCACUGUUCUCCAGCAAAGUAUCUGAUGAAGAAAAGAAGUUGAUUGCGGAAGCCAUGAUCCUCAGUGGAGAUGAUUGGAGUGUCA